CCCCGUCUUCUGUUCGUCAAGCUAACAGCUAGCUUCCUUGUUAACGUCCUUACUUUAUCAAGGGAAAAGCCACGUAGUUGACAUGGAAACUGCAUUGCAAUUGCUCGUGGUUGUUCAACACCUUGCUGGCUACUGUACUUGGACAUUGAUAGACAUCUGAAACUAGUGAUGUGGAUGAAAAACGUGCCUAAAGAUAACUGCAUAUCCAGCUUGUCCUAUGGCGACUUUCUAGAGUGGUACAACUGUGACUCCUCCACAUAAUCUAUCAUGUCAUUACCGAAUGAGUCGGGAAACAGAGGGAAGGAGCGAGAGAGGGGAGCCCGCCCAAAAGUGAGACAGAGCCGGUCGGAGGAGAGAAGAGACUCUGGGGGUGGUCGGAAAGGCGGGAAGGGGAAGAAAAAAGGCCUCUCCACGCACGACGCUGCUGCCGAGCGACCCGUCAGUGACGGGUUUGAAUAUGGCGAACUGUUGAACGAUCUGGAGGCCAGGAGCCAAACCUCCUCUUCCACCUCCCCGCUGAAGGAAACCUGGAAAUGGCAAGACUCGGACGUGGCGGGGUCCACUCUGGGGCAAGGCGUCACCGCCAAGCAAGGUCAGGGCACCGUUUGCUCUGCCGCAGAAUUACCUCCCCUGGGCGAGGCAGAGGGCCGAAGCUCAAGCAGCAGCCGCACUCUCAGGCAAAAAAUCCAAGACGCAAUGGGCCAGUGUUUCCCGAUAAAGACCCACAGUGCUGCAGCGGCACCUCCUCCACCCCCGCAGGCCUUCUCAUCAUCAGCUGCCUGCGCCUCCUCCAGGCGGAAGAUCCAUCUCAGCGAACUGAUGUUGGACGACUGCCCGUUCCCCGUAGGGUCAGAGCUGGCUCAGAAGUGGUAUCUCAUUAAGCAGCACACAGCCCCCAUCACCCAGGCUCCCCUGUUGGAUCCCGCAGUGGUGGUGUGCAGCGCCCCGACUUCGGCGACGACCGCCGUGGAGGAUGUGGACGACAAGCUGCGAGAGCGCAGGCGCAUUAGCAUCGAGCAAGGCGUGGAGCCGCCGCCCAACGCCGAGAUCCACACUUUCGAGGUGACGGCUCAGAUCAACCCGCUGUACAAGCACGGCCCCAAGCUGGCUCACGGCAUGAAUGAGCUGGCCGGCACCGAGGGCGCCUCCGCUCACCAGCAGCAACAGCUGCUUCUCCAAAGGCAGCAGCAACACCAGCUCCUGCUGCAGAGCUGCUUGGACACGCUCGACGAAGUGGCAGCCUCAGCGUCCGCUUCCCUCCACGCCUCGGAUGCCGCCUCCGAUCCGCCGGUCGACACGGAGGCAGCGGUGGCGGUGAGCAAUUCGAGCUCGAGAGCCGCCGCACUCUCUCUAACCGAGCACCAGACGCCCCACGAAGGCUACCGCUUCCACACCCAGAUCGACUACAUUCACUGUUUGGUGCCGGACCUUCUACAGAUCACCAACCUCCCGUGCUACUGGGGAGUCAUGGACCGCUACGAGGCAGAGACGCUGCUGGAAGGGAAACCCGAAGGCACCUUCCUGCUGCGCGACUCCGCCCAGGAAGACUACCUGUUCUCUGUCAGCUUCCGGCGCUACGGCCGCUCGCUGCACGCGCGCAUCGAGCAGUGGAACCACAACUUCAGCUUCGACGUCCACGACCCCAGCGUCUUCCACGCGCCCACGGUCACGGGCCUGCUGGAGCACUACAAGGACCCCAACUCCUGCAUGUUCUUUGAGCCCCUCCUCUCCAACCCCAUCCACCGCGCACACCCGUUCAGCCUGCAGCACAUCUGCAGGGCGGUGAUAAGCAGCCGCACCACGUACGACGGCAUCAACGUCCUCCCCAUUCCGAACGCGCUGAAAAAACACUUGAAGGAAUACCACUACAAGCAGAAAGUGCGAGUACGGCGGAUGGACACGUGGUGGGAAUGAAGAAGAAUAGAAACUGGACUCAACCAAAUAUUUAAAAGUAUUUAGCUGUAUCAACUCACACAACACUGUAUUUAUUUAUUUUAUUCCUGCUGAAUCUCAUAGCAAUUGUACUAAACCACACUGACGAGGCAUCGUGUAAUCUCACUGAUCUUGCACAUCCAGAGCGAUGCUAAGCUGAAAUUAAACAAACAAGUUUCAGACUCCUGCUGC